AUGGCCCCCGAAUUGAGAAAAAGAACCAGAUCGGCCACGGCUGCGGCCGAGAAGCCUGCGGCGAAGAAGACCGCCAAGGUCGAGAAGGUCGAGAAGGUCGAGCCUGAGAAGGUGACCAAGAAGACCACCAAGGUCGAGAAGGUCGAGAAGGUCGAGAAGGUCGACAAGGCUCCCAAGCGCAAAGCUCCCGAGGAGGCUCAGGCAUCGCCCGUCGCCGCGAAGAAGCAGAAGCCCGUCAAGGCGAACGCGAAGUCGAAGAAGUCGAAACCCGAACCCGUCGAGGAGGCCGAGCCCGAGACCGCUGAGACCGCCGAGGUUGCUGAGGAGUCUGUUGUCGCCCUGGACGAUGCCGGCAACUCGGACGAGGAGGUUGACGCCGACAUUCAGGCUCUCGCCGCCGGCCUCGACUCCGACGCCGAGAACGCGCCCGCAGACAAGGGAACGUUCAAGGAGGGCAUGGACGUUGGCAAGGUCCCGAAGCACGCCAAGAAGCAGAAGCAGUUGACGAACGGCAAGAAGGAAGAGCCCGGCGUCGUCUUCAUUUCGAGACUGCCCCACGGUUUCUACGAGCACGAGCUGAAGGGUUACUUUUCACAAUUCGGCCCCAUCAGCCGUCUGAGAUUGGCGCGCAACAAGAAGACGGGUGCCAGCAAGCACUACGCCUUCAUCGAGUUCGCCGAGGAGAGCACGGCCGACAUCGUCUCCAAGACCAUGGACAGCUACCUCCUGUUCGGCCACAUCCUCAAGGUCAAGACCGUUCCCCGCGACCAGCUGCACGAGGACGUCUGGAAGGGCGCCAACAAGCGCUUCAAGAAGAUCCCGUGGAACAAGAUCGCCGCUGGCGAGAUUGCGAAGCCCCGCACGGAGUCGGGCUGGACUCACAAGGUGUCCAAGGAGGAGAAGAAGAGGCUGGAGCGCGCCGAGAAGCUCAAGGAGAUUGGCUAUGAAUUCGAGGCCCCUAAGCUGAAGGAGGCCGUCGCGCCGGCCCCGGAGCCGAUGGCAGUCGACGCUCCCGAGGAGCCCAAGGCAAUCGAGGCCGCACCGGUCGAGGAGAAGCCUGUGGAGGAGGCUGCUGCUGCGGAGGUACCCGCGGAGGCUGAGACGCCCAAAUCGGCCAAGGGCAAGGCGAAGAAGGGUGGCCGGAGAAAGUCCAAGGCCUAA